UUUUUUUAAUAUAUUAGGGCGUUUUAUUUUUAACAGCUUCCAACGUCUAUUAUUGUUGGCACGCUCUGGUGAUACUACUAUAGCUUAUACAAAUCCAGUUAUUCACAUAAGUAAAUUCUAACGAACCUCAUCACGAAUUAGAUACUUUAACUAAUCUUAGCAUGGUUCAACGAAUUAAUUAAUUAUUUUUUCUAAUUCUGAUGUUUAUUUCUUUAUUUUUUAUGCUAAUAAUAUUUGUCCGGCAUGUAAUUUAAAAUUACUAAAAACAGUAAUAGUUAUCAAUAUAAAUGAUCAUAGAAUUUUAUACUCUUCUUUUUCUUAAUUUUCUUUUUUAGGUAAUACAAGUGUUUUACAUGUAUUUUUACGUCACAGAAGUCAGAAAAAUUCGUUUACGAAACGGGCCGAUCUAUAACUAUUGGGCCAGUAGGUCCAAUAAUUAAGCGCAGUAAACGUUAUGCCGAUUGAAGUUUCAAGAUGAAAAACGUGUGCUGUUUUGAGAACACAAAAACAGCAUAAACAAACGAGAACCUCUGGGAACUUAAAUUUCCGUAAAUACCCUCAGUCUCCCAUCAUAUUUUCGAAAGACUACCCUCCCCCUAUUUCCAUGGCCCUUCUCUCAGUUUUCCCGCGACAAAUCCUCUCCUUCUUCCAUAAUCAUCAAAAACAAAAUGCAAAACCCAAAAAAAAAACAAAAAAAAUCUCACGACGCAACGAAACCUCCCUAACCUCUCUCUCUCCAUCAAUCUCAAUCGUUAAUGCGGAAUCCGAUUUAACACCGGAAUCCGCCAUGGAAGAUGAAUAAAAUCCGGUCUCUCCGCUGCCUCCUCCCGGAGACCAUAACCUCCGCCGCCUCUAAUCGAGGAUCUGACGGUAGCCAAGUCAGCGCCCUCCUAUGGCGGCAUCAGAUCCUCGACCCGGACAGCAACAUCGUCACCUAUUGGAACCACGUCUUUCUCAUUACCUCAAUCCUCGCUCUCUUUCUCGAUCCUCUCUACUUCUACGUCCCUUACGUCGGAGGUCCGGCGUGUCUCUCCAUCGACAUCAGCCUCGCCGCUACAGUCACUUUCUUCCGUACAGUCGCCGAUAUCUUCCACCUCUUGCACAUCCUCAUGAAAUUCAGAACCGCCUUCGUCGCGAGAAGCUCUCGAGUUUUUGGUCGCGGUGAGCUUGUUAUGGAUUCUAGAGAGAUUGCUAUGAGAUACUUGAAGACAGAUUUCCUCAUUGAUGUCGCCGCCAUGCUUCCUCUUCCUCAGCUUGUAAUUUGGCUAGUAAUUCCAGCCGCUACAAACGGGACUGCUAAUCAUGCCAAUAGCACUCUCGCACUUAUCGUUCUUGUUCAAUACAUUCCAAGAUCAUUCAUCAUAUUCCCUCUCAACCAAAGGAUUAUCAAAACAACCGGGUUUAUCGCCAAGACUGCUUGGGCUGGAGCUGCAUACAACCUCCUCCUCUACAUCCUUGCUAGUCACGUUUUAGGAGCAAUGUGGUAUUUGUCAUCAAUCGGGCGGCAGUUUUCGUGCUGGUCUAAUGUAUGUAAGAAAGAUAACGCCCUGAGAGUUUUGGAUUGUCUUCCUAGCUUCUUGGACUGCAAGAGUUUGCAGCAACCUGAGCGCCAGUAUUGGCAGAACGUUACUCAGGUCCUUUCUCAUUGUGAUGCUACAAGCAGCACUACCAAUUUCAAGUUCGGAAUGUUUGCUGAAGCCUUUACCACUCAAGUUGCUACAACAGAUUUUGUGUCCAAAUACUUGUAUUGUCUUUGGUGGGGUUUAAGAAAUUUAAGUUCUUAUGGCCAGAAUAUAACCACAAGUGUGUACCUUGGCGAGACCUUGUUCUGUAUAACAAUUUGUAUUUUUGGGUUGAUUCUCUUUACACUCCUGAUUGGUAACAUGCAAUCUUCUCUACAAUCGAUGUCAGUAAGAGUUGAGGAAUGGAGAGUUAAGCGAAGAGAUACUGAAGAAUGGAUGAGACAUCGUCAACUACCUCCAGAGCUUCAAGAACGUGUCCGAAGAUUCGUUCAAUAUAAAUGGCUUGCAACACGAGGUGUCGAUGAAGAAUCAAUCCUCCAUUCAUUACCUACAGAUUUACGCCGCGAAAUCCAACGUCAUCUUUGUCUCGCCCUUGUCCGCCGGGUACAUUAUAUCAACUCUGUGUCUCAAAAACUGUUAUUGUUUUCCAAUUCACAAGUGACACGGUUUUGCUAUGUGCAGGUCCCAUUCUUCUCUCAAAUGGAUGAUCAACUUCUUGAUGCUAUAUGUGGAUGCCUUGUCUCAUCUUUAAGCACAGCUGGGACCUACAUAUUUCGUGAAGGUGAUCCGGUGAAUGAGAUGCUAUUUGUGAUCCGAGGACAAAUAGAGAGCUCAACAACAAAUGGAGGAAGAUCUGGUUUCUUUAACUCCACUACUCUACGACCUGGCGAUUUCUGUGGGGAAGAACUUCUUACAUGGGCCUUAAUGCCAAACUCUACCCUCAAUCUUCCGUCUUCAACCCGAAGCGUCCGUGCACUCUCUGAAGUCGAAGCCUUUGCCCUAAGCGCAGAGGAUCUUAAGUUCGUUGCUCAUCAGUUCAAGCGUCUUCAAAGCAAAAAGCUACAACACGCUUUCAGGUACUACUCACAUCAGUGGCGAGCAUGGGGGGCAUGUUUUGUCCAAUCCGCAUGGAGAAGAUACAAGCGAAGAAAGCUCGCGAAAGAACUCAGCCUUCAUGAAAGUAGCGGAUACUAUUACACGGAUGAAACAGGUUACAAUGAAGAAGACGAAGAAACUAGAGAGUAUUACUAUGGAAGCGACGAGGAGGAUAUGGAAGGCGGAUCAAUGGACAACACAAACAACAAUCAAAAUCUUGGAGCAACGAUCUUAGCAUCUAAAUUCGCGGCAAACACGAGAAGAGGCACAAAUCAAAAGGCUUCAAGUAGUAGUACUGGUAAAAAAGAUGGAUCUUCAAGCAGUUUGAAGAUGCCUCAACUAUUCAAACCAGAUGAGCCUGAUUUCUCUAUAGAUAAAGAAGACGUUUAAAGUGUAGACAUUAUGAGCAAAAAACUUGUGUGAACUGUUUCGUUUUAGAUGGUACAUAGAUAGGAAAUCCCAUAAAUUAUUUGAACUUCUAAUUUUUUUCUUUUCUUUUUUUUUUGUUUCGGUUUGGGAAUGUUAUUAGAUAUAGAAAACGAGUGUAGAGUAAUAAUACAUUGUUAUUAAACUGUCUCAUGUUGUAAACUGUGUUGUUCUAUUGAUUAAUGAAUGAGAUUUCGAUA